CCUACUGAGUCAAGGCAGAGCGACCUUUUUUUAGGUUUGAAAGCAGAACAGCAGAUGUCACUACAGCCAAUAAGCACUUCAUAUCUUAAUGUAUUUUAUUUCGAGGCUCAGAGAGCGUCUAUAAGCCCCUAACUCCGGCAAGUUUGAUCAUUUGAUUCUAUACGCUUGUUUUAAUGAUAAACCAAAUUGCAUAGCAAGUUUAAUUCACCCUCUCUGUUUGUGGCAACAUAUAUUGUGGAAUGGGAAGGUGUUUCGGUAUGUUAUGUAGGCUACACGGAAGUGUAAUUACAGCGCUGGUCGCUGUGCUUAAAUGACAGGAGGCGUUUGUGUGUCUGUUGUCAAAGACAGCCUCUUAUUACAGCUGGACCUCAAACAUGGCACCAAAAGACCCUCUACUCGGCACUCUUAAAUUGUGUGUCCAGAACCUGUCAAAUGGAGAGAUGGUGUCAGACACCAACCUUCACCUCGCCUCCUGCUGUCAGCUUCUUGAGCUGGUCCUCAGGAAGGGGCUCCAACAGCCAGUUCUCAGUCUGGUACACAGAGACUACUGGCAGUGUUUUGAACAGCUUACCCACCACGAUGCCUGUGGCAGGCUGUCUGCCCUGUCCUUAAUAGUGGAACAGACCAGAGUUUGCAGGAAGCUGCUCUCAGCUCAGGGCCGAGGCCGCUACCUGCUCAGACUGGCCCUCAUCCGCAAGGCUCUGCCACAGCUCAUCACACACCUGCUGCACACACCCAGAGUCCUGGAGUGGUACAGUCCAGCAAUGUCAAUCCUCAGGAAUGAGGAAUUUGUGGAGCCUUUCAUGUCGCUGCUGCUGGUCCUCUCUCACAUGGAGUUCAAACUGGACAUGGAGAAUUGCAGUUUUCUGGAUGAAAGCUGGCUCCUACCGGUGUGUGAGACAUAUGAAGUAGUGCCCUGUCGGGAGGUAGGGUUGGUGUUGAGGUAUCUGAGCGGGCGCGUCUUUGUCCUCGACUUGAUGCCUGGUAGUCAGGCUCAUGUCGACAAGUUUAUCUCUCCUGGUGACAUCAUUGAUGAGAUCAACGGAACCUCACUGAGGAAUUCCAAGAAUGGACAGGCAGGUGUUGUUCUGUCUCGCCUAAAGGGCUGCCCUCUAUCCAUUGGUGUUCUGCGGUGGAGGGCACAGGAUGGGACAGUGUAUCGUCCCCUUGUCAAACUCCUGCAAGCCCUGAGGAUGGAGGACCCCACCCUGCGGCUUGGUCCCGCUACCUCCCAGCAGUCAGCUACCAAAGACCAGAGAAACUCUCCAUCACAGUGUCUCAAGGAGGGAAGGAUUGUGUACAUUGUGCAGUUCUUGGGAAAGGCAGACAUUGGAAUGUUUGGGGGAAAGGAGGUGUUGCAGCAUGCCAUCCCACAAGUGUUACAGAAAAACCUGCCUAGCAAGGAAGUGCUGUUAGAUAUGAAGGAAACGCAUUUGACAUGCACAGAAAGAAUCAGUAAAUCGAAGCUGUUUGAGCAUCACUAUCCAGAGAUUUCAUGUGUAGGGAGGUUUGGCCAAGCAGACUACAAAAUAUUUGCAUUCUGCACAGCAAACUCCCCAGAACACCCUCAGUCAACAGGCUUCUGCUGUGUGGCACUCAGAGCCAGCACAAUCAAGGAGUGUGAAGAGAUUGUCUGUCGUAUUGCUACUGGUUUCAAGCAUACUGAGUGGUUUGUAUGAUAACUCAGUGAGUCAAAUUUUGUGUGUUGUAAUAAAGUGUAUAAAGAUCAUGUGUAAACUGCAUUACUGAAUACCAUAACUACAGAACACAAUGCUUUCUAAUCAUAAAGACCUUUAAUAGAAAGACAUGGACAACAUUUUCAUAAAUAGUAUUAAAUGUAGCUGCCAAGAUUUUAUGUUGAAAAACACGUAAAAA